AUGGAAAAAGUAACUAGAAAACGAAAAGUAGAAGAUUCUAAAGAUGAAACAAAACCACUACAGAAUAUUAAAAAAACUAAAGUUUCUUCUACAGCUAAAAAAGCUGCAGUAAAAAAAGUUAAGAGAAUUAGUCCAAAAGAAUUUAAAAAUGAUGGAUCUGAAUGUAUUGAAACAUCUGAAUGUAAUGAAAAUAUUAUGCAAAGUGACCAAUAUGAUAAUAUGUUUGACCAAGCUAAAAUGUUAUCAUGUACUGAAAAAGUAUCUAUAAGUGUAGCUCAAAACUUUAUAAAUCUAUUAUCAGAAGGAUGUACAUUACCAUUUAUUGCAAGAUAUCGAAAAGAUGCCGUUGAUCACCUUAUGCCUGAUAGACUUCAAGAGCUUUAUGAAAGCUAUCAACAUGUAAUACAACUUAAAAAAAAAGUUAAAUCUGUGUUAGAAACUCUAAAGAAAUCAAAUAAAUUGACCCCAGAAAUUGAACAAAGCCUUUUAAGUGCAAGGAAUUUGUCAGAAGUUGAUUUGGUGUAUGGUCCUUUAAAAUCACAUUCUCAAUCACUAGCUGAAAAAGCCAGAAGUUUGGGUCUCGAACCUCAUGCAGUGAAAGCACUAAAUGGUGAUUAUAUUGACAUCAAAUCUCUUUGCGAUGGACGUGAAGAGUUGGCUAAUUUUGAAAAAGUUGAAGCCCAUGUGACACAUAUUGUAGCUGAUAUUAUGUAUAAAGAUACAAGAGUGAUUGAACAAAUGAGGAAAUUGAAAGAAGAAGCUAGGUUUACCCUACAAAGUAGUAGAGCGAAAUCUACAAAGACAAAACAGGAGACUGUUAAGAAGUAUGAAACAAAAUCUGAUCCCGAGACAUAUAAAUUGUAUUUUGAUUGGAAGUGUCCAAUUCAAUUUGUAAAAUGCUAUCAGACAUUGGCUGUGAAUAGAGGUGAAGAAGAAAAGAUACUUUCAGUGAAAGUGAUUAUUCCUGAUUGGUUCUACAAUAAACUUGAACGGUUCUGUCUCACGUUAUGGAAAAGCAAUUACUGGGUUCGUAAAGGCCUCGGUGAUGCUUACAAUCGCCUGAUAAAACCCUGGCUCUCAAGGAAAGUCAGAUCAGAUUUGACAAGUUUGGCCGAAAAGGAAGCUGUUAAGACAUUUAGCACAAAUUUAGAAAAAUAUUUGUUGACUGAACCCAUAAAGAAUAAAACGAUAGCUGGAUUGGAUCCUGGUUUUAAAGCAGGAUGCAAGGUUGGUAUAAUCGAUUCUACUGGAACUAUGUUAGAAGCAUGCACCAUAUACCCAAAUUUUAAUUGCAACACUAAUGAUCCAGCAGCCCGACAACUAAGUGAACUCUUAUUGAAACAUAGUGUAGAUCUCAUUGGUCUUGGUAAUGGAACAGCCUGUAGAGAAACUGAAUCCUGGUUAAAGAAACACAAAAUAUCAGAAAACAUUCCAGUCAUCAUAGUUCCAGAGCAAGGAGCUUCUAUAUAUUCAAUUAGUAAGGAAGCUCAAAAAGAACAUCCAAAUAUGGACCCAAAUUUAAUAUCGGCUCUGUCAUUAGCUAGAAGAGUGUUGGAUCCGUUAGGGGAAUUGAUAAAGGUGGAACCGAAGAAUUUAGGUGUUGGUCUAUACCAACAUGAUAUUCCACCUAAAAUGUUGGAAUCGGCCUUAGAUAUGACAGUUGAGAAGGUUGUGAGUUUGGUUGGAGUUGAUAUUAAUACUGCAUCACAAGCAAUGUUAAGGCGUAUUGCUGGUUUAAAUGAGGGUCGUGCGAAGAAGAUAAUAGCGUAUCGGCAAGAAAAUGAAAGGUUUAAAACCCGGGCUGAGUUAUUGAAAGUUCCUGGUAUAGGAAAAGUUACGUAUCAACAAUGUGCUGGGUUUUUGAAAGUUUUGGGAGGUCAAGAGCCGUUGGACACGACUAUUAUACAUCCCGAGAGUUACACGAUUGCUAAAACAUUUGCAAAAAAAAUCGGCGUAAACAUCAAAGACUUAUCCAACGCCCGAUUUCCUGAAGAAGUGGAAAGGAAAUCAAGAAGUAUAGAUAUAUCGGCUAUGAGUAAAGAACUUAACACCGAUAUAAGUAACUUAGAAUUAAUUAUAAAUGCGUUCAAACUGAAGGCGUAUGAGGACAAUGUGAUUACGUUCUGUAGACCGGUGUAUUCUAUGGUGGUUCAAGCAAGCGAUCAAUUAAAGAAAGGAAUGUCUUUGACAGGUGUUGUCCGUAACGUGGUGCCGUUUGGUUGUUUCGUGGACUGUGGUGUUGGUGACAACGGACUCAUACACACAAGCAACAUGGCGAACGCUAACCUCAAACUAGGAGACAGGGUCGCCGUUACGGUCAUAUCAACUCCGAAACCAAAGAAAAUACAACUCAAACUAGAUAGAAUAUUGGAAUAA